AUGACUCUUCGAUAUCGCCUUUUCGCUCUGGUCGCUCACUGCGUGGCGGUAUCGUACGUGGCGGCGGCUCCAACCGUUACGGUAAAGAAUGGCACGUAUGUCGGUUUCAACGACCCGGUGCUCAACACGGAUAACUUCUAUGGUGUUGCAUACGCCCAACCACCCCUAGGGGAUCUAAGAUUCAGACAACCGCAGGGUCUCAAUACUACUUGGGAGGGCGAGAGGGUGGUUACAAGCUAUCCCAAGCAGUGCAUUACGACAGGUGCCAAUCGUUCUCCAACCAGCAUGUCCGAGGACUGUUUAUACCUAGCUGUCAUACGUCCGUCUAAUGUCACUCUUGAAAACCUGCCUGUACUGGUCUUCUUCACCCAAGGCGGCUUUUCCAAUGGCGGAAUCGGAUGGCUGCCCGACUUCAAUCAAACGGGGAUUGUCCAGCGUUCUGCCUAUCUCGGCUCUCCUAUCAUCGGAGUUGAGGUGAACUCGAGGCUUGGUCCUUGGGGCUUCAUGUACAGCCAGGAGAUCCAGGACUCUCUCAACACCAAUCUGGGUCUACGCGAUAUGCGGCUUGCGCUUGCGUGGAUCCAGGAGAAUAUCGCUGCCUUUGGCGGUGAUCCCUCCCGAGUCACGAUCCAGGGCCAGAGCACUGGUGCCCAGUCUGUUGGCCUCCAACUCCUGGCGUACGGAGGUGACCACGGGAAUCUCUUCAGCGGGGCCAUUUCCGAGAGUGGUGCACCGGUCUGGUAUGCUCCGACAGCCAACACGGCCCUUUGGCAGCCAACCUACGACGGCUUCGUCAAGGCCGCCGGCUGUAGUAACGCUACGGACAGCCUCCAGUGUCUACGUGAAGUCUCCAACGCCACGCUCGCUGAUAUUUUCGACAACAGCACUCUCAAUCCGUUCGGAUCUAACGCUCCACGCGAGUACAUGUUUGCGGUGGACGGAGACUUCAUUCCUGAGCCUAACAGCGUUCUCCUGCAGUCAGGAAAGUUUGCUAGAGUGCCUUAUCUGAUUGGUACCAAUUUUGACGAGGGAACGACCGUCGGCCCUAAGGGUGUUAACACAACUACGGAUCUGAACGAGUAUCUGGUCGACGAGAUGUUGACUAUUGACAAUACAAGCUUGUCCAUGAUUGGCUGGCUGUAUCCCGAUAUCCCAGAGAUCGGAGUUCCAUCCACGUAUGCUGGCCGACCGCCGGCAAGCGUCGGGUAUCAGUACAAGCGAGGAUGCGCUGUGGGCUCCGACAUUAUCAUGGACGCGCCCACUCGCUUGACCACCCUGGCCAUGGCAUCGUUCAAUUCCAGCGUAUACCGGUAUCACUUUAAUGUGGUCCCUAACGGGUACACCGACCUUCAAGGGGCCACACAUGGCUCAGAGGUGGCCUUGACGUUUUAUGACCUCGAUGGAAGUGGCUACACCGUUCCGCCCAUCGGUGGCCCGAAUUACGAAAAACUCCUCGAUAUGGCCAACACCAUGACAGCCAUGUGGAUUGGCUUUGUCAACAGCGGCGAUCCAAACUCCCUCAUCAAGGAUAUCAGCCCGUCGACGCCGACCUGGCCUCGGUACACGCUCCCUAACCCGCAAAACUAUGUGUUUACCAUCAACGAGACGCUUUAUGUGGAGCCAGACACGUACAGGGCCGAGGGCAUUAACUGGCUGAUGGACAUGAUGAUUGCUUCCAAGAAUCAGAACUGUACUAGCAUCGAAGCUUGUGGUGGAGGUUAUGACAUUACAAAUGGCGAGACGGGCGGGGUGUACGGUUAUUAAUAAGUGUAUGAAACAGAACCUUAUUACGGCUUUACCCAC